UUCUGUUACCAAGAUGAUGAUGUUAUCGGUAAUAUUCGUGGCAAUGCUUCUCACUCCGCUGGCUUCUUCACAGCCUGAGAAGAGGGGAGGGGUUAACUGUAAGGCAUACAGGAACCGCUACGGACCGCUUUGUUACUCCGAUACCAGCAGCAUUCCAAGUCCAGGAGCAACGCUUCAGUACAAAAUAACUGUUAGAGGGAGGCCAAGGAUAUGCUGUUAUGCUUACACGUGCUCAAGACACUCCUGCUAUAUGAAGUACAUCGGAUGUGGUCGUAACACAUGGAGGUCCUCAAAUCUUCCAUGGGAAGGCGGCAAUGUUGUGGCCAAACCAAGAAUGAAAUGCAAAUCUACUGGCCGAUAUGUGCGUUAUAGUUAUUGGACUAUACACUGAACUACUACGCAACUACAUGAAAAACAUCGAAAAUCAAAGAAUGCAAUAUCAUCUAAUAUUUCCAAGAUGAUAUAAUCUUGAUAUGGCUAUUUAUCUAACAACUGCAAAGGAAAACUACAUAUAUUAAAUAAAAAGAGUUUGA